UGUCAAAUACCGAAACGACGCGAAGUCGCGGAUGCGCUUUGAGCAUUUUCAUUGAAAUUUUACUCUUCUUUUUGCAGUAUUUUGGUUAAAAUACAAUGUUUAUUUAACAAAAUAAGAAACCUAAUUUAUGGACUCCAACAUGGCAGCUCCUGAACAACCCGACCUUUUGUUUUUCGAUACGUUUUCCCACGAUACGAGUGAAGAGCUCAACUUGGACCUCGUGCAGUUUCCGAAGUCGGUUUACGUGCGAGAGAUUCGCAUUAUACCGCUGGGGGCUCGCGUAGAAGGCGACUUUCCCGGCGGAGUGCGUCUCGGUGCAACGAAUCCGACGAAAUUCCAUAUCGAUUUCUUCGUGAAUGACCUCAGCAAGCCUGGCGCGUCUACGUUCGAGGCCCUCGGCAGUCUGGACUACUGUCAAAAUGGCCAGAUACACAUGGAAUGCGGCACUGGACUGGACCACCCGCGGAUACCAACUGAUGGUCUUGUAUUGCGAGGCUGGUACACGACCAUCACCUUGGCAGUCUACGGGAACCUAACGCAGGUCCUCAGUGACACGCCGAUCGGCGCCAACCCGCCCAGCAUCCAGCGGCCCCCCAUCCCGCGGGAGGUGCCCCCCGUGGCCCCCGCGCAGCCGCCCGACUGGACCCCCGAGGGCUCCAACCCCAUCCCCUCCUACACCGGCAGCGUCGCCGCCCCCGCCGAGGCCUACCAGGCCACCAACUACCCCGAAAACUACGACAGCUACAGAGCCGACCCCUACUACGACGCGGAGCCGCCCAAAGACCCGAGGACCUACCAUCACCUGGAAGACAACGAGUGGGAGAAGGACCGUCGGGACUUAAGCUGCGAGAGAGAGGACAGACUGAGGCGCAGCCCGAGAUCCCUGGAGCACGACCGAGAUAGGCGAGACACAAGGAGCAGGCGCCGGUCGCUCGACCGAGGCCGGAGUCGCGAGUCGUCGAGACACCGCGACCGGAGCCCCCGCCUGGACAGGAUCGACCGUCUGCACUCUAGGUCGCGCUCGCGCGAUAGGGAUUACCCGAUCAAAAGCGAGUACCGCCCGAUGAGUCGAUCCAGGUCCCGCAGCAUCGACAGGGACCGCGUCCGCGCUCUGUCCGGCGAUCGCGACUGGGACCGCGGGUCCUACAAGAAAGACGAUUACCGUCGCCAUCGUGAUGCGUCGUACGACCGCUCACGCGCCGGAUCCUACGACAAGGAUGGGUCCUACGAGAGACGUUCGCCCUACGACAAAAGGGCGCCUUCUUAUGAGCGUAAAAUGUCUUACGAAAAGCGUGGUCCGUCGUAUGAGAAGCGCAUGUCGCCUUACGAUAAGCGAGGGUCGUCCUACGAAAGACGGGCGCCCUCGUAUGAAAAGCAAGGGUCGUAUGAUAGAAAACGUCAUUCGCCCUACGGCCGGAUGCGGGGCUCGAGCUACGGCAGCCGGUCGCCGAGUAGGGAUGAUCCAAGGAAGAGGCCGCGCACGCCCCCCGGGGAGAGCAGCCGAAGACCUCUCUCUCCCAGAGAAGGAGAUGCUUCCAGCCCUAUUAACUCGGUCAGAUCGGAGGAGGGCGGUGAUUACGAUAGAGCCGGUAAACAGAUACCUCGUGUCGAUUUCUACCAUCCAAGCUAUAGGCACAAGAGUUCUAUUCGCAGUCCUUCCCAGGAGGUCGAGAAUGCUCCCUAUAUUGAGCCGCAGCAUUCCACCCUCGUGACUGUCCCGAUCGUUGACAAUGCAACGGCAGCUAAAGCUAUCGAAUCGCCCAAUCGGAACGCAGAAGAAUCCAUGGAUGCUGAGCAAUUUGAACCCAUCCUGUCUGACGAAGAUAUCUGUGAUCUGGAGGAAACACCUUACAUGGAGGUAGAUUAUGACGUAAACGAAUACUGCGGUGUAGACGACAUUAUAAAAUAUUAUAACCCAUUCAAAUGUGAAUGGCUAAAGUAUGACUAUGUUAACAAAAUUCAUUUCCUCGCGAACGCACAAAAAGAAGGCGUUAAAGACGUGAUUAGUGCAACUUACGACGAGCUGUGCGCCACGAGCCCAGAUCUAUUCAAAAUAUCGGAGUUAACAAAAGCGGCUAAGAAAAGAGAGCAGAAGUUUUUCGCCAAUACCUUCACUGAAAUUGACAAUUCAGCCAGAGAAGAAUGGGUGCACCAAUGCGAGCAACUUUUUAUUUCUCUCACCAACCUCUGCAAGAACAGUGACAUAAUUUUGCGCGUAUUUUGCAAGAACAACAGCGAUGAUGAAUUCCUUGAUAUCUACAACUUUCUCGUGACCUUCUGUAGGAUUGGUCUCAACUUUGAAUUUGCUUUGGCGCAGCAACAGCCUACAUACAAAAUCAGGCACAUGAAAUGCGGUAUCCGCCUCGCCGAGGCGCUGAUGUGUCAUCGUCACAACGGACAAGUAAUGCAAAUGUUUCUGAGCGCAGGUAUAGAUAUUCCAAUGUUACUUCUGGAAAUAUAUUCGAAGGAAUACAUGGCACUGAGCAUCCGUUUGAUGAUAUUGCGAUCUUUGAAUGCUUGCUUGUCUUCUAAGGAGUCUGUAGGACACUUCAUGCAAGAGACAAUAUUCCCCAAGUUCGACAAGAAAGACGAGAAUGAUAAUAAGCCGAAGAACGGCUACCAGGCCCUCAUUUCCAUUAUGCAGACGAAUCCACUGGCUAGAAUUAAAUUUUCUAUCAGCGCUUUGAUAAAAAAGCUCAACAUAUACGAACUGUUGGGAAAGUUACACGAUCUUGUCUUGAAUUUUAAUAAAUCAGCUGCUGAAAACACCCACAAUGAGGACACAGAGCUGUCUGAGAGUGACGUAGAAUUCAUAAUUAACGCUCUAGAAGAGAUCCUUUACAUGUAUCGGACCCAAUGCUUCCACCUCUCCCAGCCGAAGCGAUUCCUACCCGUGUCUGCCCAAUUCGAAAUAAACAAAGAAUCUUCUAACGAAAUUCUCUUGGAAUUCUUCAACGUCCAUCACAUUCUCGAAGUGUGCCUGUACUUGCUGACCUGUCCGGCCACUUGCAACAAUCUGGUUGUCACAAGUCCUAUCAACGAUUUGAUUUACGAAUUGGUUAAUUCGGAGAACGGUCUUAAUUUUCUAUAUCAGAACAUGCAGUUGAGUGAACUACUGUUCAAAACGCUCAUUCAGCCGUACGGCCAACAAAAUCCUGAUGAGUUCAUCUACCCUCAAGAUCUCAGUACCUCCAGCGACUUGCAGAUAUUAGGACUAGAGAUGGCGUACAAAUUGAAGGCAUUGUACUACUUGAAGUCCAUCUGCGAUCUCCAAGCUGGCAAGGUUGACGAGAACGAGUUGAUAGACAGGCUCCAGUCGUUGUACUGUCUCAGUUUUGGGAACAUCGGCAAAACCGCCGUGCCCGACGUGAUCGUUAUGGGAGAUAACGCAGAUUGCUUGAUGGAAGUGUUUGAAAACGAUUUGAAGGGCAAAGGCAAGACCGACUCGCCGGUGAAGCAGAAGUCGCCCGCCAAAGGAUACGCGAUCGAGCUGAUCGUGUCCGCCGUGCGAUACUCCGCGAACGUCUCGUUUCUGAAGAAAUACGGACAAAGACUGAUCAAUGUGACGAAUGAGCACGACAGAUUUGAGCCGAGCGUGUCCAGUGUGCUGCAGGAAGUCAGUCCUUAUCUGAAACCCAUCGAAAAAACCAUACUGCAGUCCGGAGAUGACUUGGCCGAGUGCGUGGAAAUAUUAAAAGGGAGUCUGGAACAUUCCGCCGAUUUGCCCGGCGAGCUGAUGACGUGUCUGCGAAUCUUGAGACAUUUCUGCAUUUCUGAUUACGAUAAGAACUCAACCAUAGCUUGUGAAUCCUCCACAGACGAGUACGUCGAAUUGAAGUACAAGUACAACGUUCUUCAGUUGUUCUCUUUGGACGGAGUGGCGCACUUGGUCGGCAUUUUAGAUCGCCUGGCGAAUCAUUUCGAGCAGCCGAGCAUGCACACAGCGUUUUUCGCCUCGGCAAAGGGACUGCAACUGGCACAAAUGCUCCUCCCGUGCUUAAGGUUACUGGACGAGAUGCUGGCCCGAGUCGUCCGGUGCCGCGGCCCGAGGUUCCGCGACCUGACCGCGGCUCCGGUCCUUCUGAAAACUUACGGGAUCGCCAAAACGUUUCCCCUGGGAUCCGUCGGAUACCGAACCGCCGCGAAAGCCGCCGAAGCUUCCGUUAGAGCGUUACUGGCUUACGCUCAACCGAUUGCCGAUGACGCGAACGACGGGGACUCCAUACGGCGAGGACCCUGGACGUCUCUCUGUUCGGAAGUCAUCUCCUACACGAUGACGGCUCCGUACACGUUCGUCCCCGGCUUACUGGUGUUCUCCGAGCUGCUGCCUCUGCCGCUGCCGAUGCAGACGAAAACAACUCCCACGGAACGGGAGCUGGCCGACGCGUCCAACGAGCGGCGGCUGUGGUCGGCGCACCUGCACGCUCUGUCCAACGACCUGACGGACAUGGUCCAGAUCAUCUGUACGUCCACGUACAGGCCGGUGGUGCACAUGCUGCGGCGCGUUUGCGUUCAGAUUGCGGACCUGGCGCCGAAUACGGCGUUCACGGUCGCGCGGGCCGCCGUCGGGGCCGUGAUGAGGGAACUGAAGCAGGGUGAGGUCACCACAGCGAGCACCGCGAGGGUUUUAGGGUUUUUCGCGUGCUUGGUGUCUCACGCGUCGGUCAAAUGCGCGGUGCUUCACACGAUGAACAGCGGCGGGCCCCGGGCCACCGAAAUCCAGUCGGCACUAUGCGGGGUGCUCAGUUCGGUCAACGGCUCGAACGAGCAUGCGGCGGCGCAGGAGUUCGCCGCUCACGCUUUAGCCGCGUUCUGCGACAUCGAAAUCACUCUGACUCCUCUAUCGGCGAACAGCGACGCUUUGCUAUCGAACUCCCUGCCGAAUAGGGACGCUCUCGCAGCGUUUCUGGAAGCGUCGGCCGAUUGCCUGGAAUCGUCGACUAAGACCUGCGCAGUCGCGUCUUCUAUUUUGCGAACGUACUUCGUGUUGACGGACCACGAGCACGGUUUCCAGCAGUUCAGGAAAUUCGUUACGAAGAAGCGGGAGGCUUUGGGGAAGUUUUUUAAGUGGGCGUUGUUAGGUCCAGGGGAGGACCGGGCGGAGUGCCUGAGCAUGUAUAUUGAUCUGAUCCGCAUCCUGAGGGCAGAGGAGGGCGAGGGCGCGGCGGGCCGGCGCUCCGUGCUGACGGCGUCUGAGAUGGCCGAUAUGGUGGGCUACUCGCUGGCCGAGGAAGACCAUCCUGUGCUGACGCUGGAGAAGACUUUGAAGGAGCGCAGCUUCGACGACGACGCAAUAGCCAACGCGAGCUUCCUCUGCAGCCACCUUCAGAAGCUAAAAGACACAGAAGCACCAGGCACUCCGGAGCCGGAGCCGGCGCCGCCGGUGCCGCCAGAGCCGCUGGUGGCUCAGUUCCUGGCUCGAGCGACACAUGCGUCGCCGCACCCUGCUGAUGAACGGCUGACGGCUGGGUACUGGCUUAAUGUGCCGGCUGCCAGUGGAGAAGAUGACGUCAAUGAUAAUGAACUGGUGCCGUGCGACAUAAUGGAGAUAGCGAACGCACAUUUGGAGGGCGGGGGAGGCGCGGGAGGGGCGGGCGCGCUGGCGAGCGCCGUGCGCCGCCUGGCCGGCUGUCUGGACGCGCGCACAGAGCCGCUGCCCAGCGACGACAAGCGCCCAGCAGCAGAGCGAAGAAUGGCGCUGGCCCGCGUGCGAGCGGAGGGCGCGGACGCGUUCCGCUCGCGCCCGCCCAACACGUCCCGCCCGCCCUCGCUUCACGUAGACGACUUCACGGCGCUUCACACGCACGCGCCCUACCAGCCGCUCGCCAGGGGCAUGCGGCGCGGGCCGCCGGUGGCCGACAGAGGGCGCUUCGCCUCGGCCGCGCCGGUGCACACGCACUACCGCCAUCUUCGAGGGCGAGGCGCUUGGGAGAUGGGAGCGCAACACUUCGGCCACUUCGCACCCGCAUCGCAGUACAUGAUGGGUGCCAUGGGUUGGCCCGGCGGUCGAGUGACGCGCGCGCCGCGACACCGCUCCUUCAUGCGCUGACCGCCACCGCCACCGCUACGGCCGCCGCCACCGCUACGGCCGCCGCCACCGAGCCACGCUGCGGUCUUAGCCACUCACCAGUGGCUCUUGAUAACUUUGCAAGGAAUGCUGCCGACAUAAUUCAAAGAGGCACAACUAAUAUCUCGGGGAAGUUAGAUAGUUUUUUAAUAAUUUGUUAUAGUAAGCUGUGUCCUGAGCUUUUAUGAUAUCUACUGAAAUAUCAGAGAAAAAUAUAUGCAAAAUGUGAUAUGUGGGCUAGCAACCAAAUUAACCAAAUAUCACAUUCUCGUUUAGACGACAAAUUGCAAAAUGUUUACAUGUUUACAUAUUGCAAAAUGGCGCCACUGUCAUUCCAAGCUUUCUUCAGUAAAUCUUCAUAAAUUUAUUCCCACACAAAAUGUACAGUCGAUAAUAAUAUUUACAAUUUUAUUAUAUGUCUCUCUUGUGAAUACUCUUAUGUCGUUUUCACCAUCAAUCCCUAAUUUUUAAGUGACCUCUUUGAAAACAAAUUUCCUGUUAAAUGUUACCAUAGGGGUCGCGUAAAAGUUAGGGAUUGAUGUUGAGAACUGGCAUUAAUCUUUUUCUCUACGCCUCGAAGGUGGUACAACAAUUUAAAAAUGUCUACUAGUUCUACAACUAAGUUUUUCUUUUUCAUAUUAUCUUCUUAGAUAAAAAAUAGAGACAUUACAAAUUAAUUUUAUAACUGACAAUAGUUUUGUGAACUUUUGUGGUUUCCUAUUUAUUUAUAAUCAGCAUUUAGCAGUGUGAAAUACCUAUUUUCCUUAUAGUUGUCUACAUGUUCACAGAUUACACAAUGUAACAAUAUAAAAACCAACUAAAAUAAAAUUUUCUUCAAUGUGAUUAUGUUAAUCAAAUAAGUAUGCAUAGAUUAUAAGUACAAUAAAAUUAAAUAAAAAACCAACAUAUGUUUUUAAUUUUUAGUUAUCAUCAUUUAAUAUAAGUAAUAGUUAUUCGUCGACAUUACAGAAAAACACCUUUCUGUGCAGCCGUGUUAAACGCUUGUUCUUAUAUAAAUUUCGAUUAAACAUUACAAAAAUCGGGACUAGGUUGUCUUAAUUUAAAUACAUAUUAAUUAGCCUUAAUUGUGCCACCUGCUUACAAUCUUUUGGUAACAAAUAAAACAAUCUUCGAAAAUUUAGAAACAAAUCAACUUUAUUAUCAAGAUGAAAAAGAUCAAAUCAUAUAUUAUAUAUAAGCUUACGAAACAGAUAUGUAAACCGCGUAGAUCACAGGACUGCAUAACAUAACCCUUGCUCAUAACCGAAUCCUAACUGUACGAUACACAUUAU